CAAAGGGUUAGGGUUCUGACUGAGUGCGCUCGGCGCGAAUGACAGCGAGGUGGGGAUAGCUUCUGCUGGAGCUCUGGAAAUUCCCGACUUCUGACCUUCGAAUAUUACCGCUCAACCCCGAAAUGGCACAUCUCCCUCCCUUCACAUAGCUUGUGCUUGCAUAGUCACGAGCUCAAUGGCAGCUAGAGACCUCCCUUAAGCCAAAUUCAGCACUGUGUUAUUGCCUUUGCUCCUUCAAACUUCUGGUUCGCGUCCCUCAUUGGCGUCGGGUUUCGGCUCCCGUUCUUUUUGGCCUUCGCCAGGCCAACUUUUACUUGAUAGCCGUCCCCUUUUUCCCCUCUCCCUUUUCCUAUAGUAGUCCAGCGAACAAUGCCGCCUCCAAACCCGACGCCCAAAAAGGGACCGCCGCCGGACUACAAGACCAUCGCCGCGCAGUUCGCCGCCGCCAAGCGCGCCAAGGAGGUUGAGGAUGCGGACCGCAAGGCGACCGGCGUACAACAGCAACACCAACAACAGCACCAACAGCACCAGGGGCUAGAAGGAGAGAUCAGCGAGCGGGAACGGCGGCGCGCCCGGCUCGAGACGGCGCGCAGGAAAGCGUACCAGGCCCGCUGGGCGUGGACCGCGGCCUUCUGGGUCUGGCUGCUGUGCGUGCACGCGGUCGGGAUCGCCUACUUCACCAGCGGCUUCCUGCUGACGCGGCUCGUGCUCGAGGAGAAGUCGGCUUGCGACGUGCCGCCGACAGCAGUGAAUACGAGUUCUGGUGGUGCUGCUGGUGUUGUUGUUGACCUGCUACCCGCGUGGGAGGGCAAGGGCACGGUGGAGGGUGGGUGCUGGCACCCGCGCACGUUCGACCGCGCCGUGGUGGUCGUGAUCGACGCGCUGCGCUACGACUUCACCGUGCCCGUGGAGGACGACGAGCUGUUCCACAACGCGUUUCCCUUUCUGUGGGAGACGGCGGUGCGGGAGCCGAACAGGGCGUUCCUGCGGCCGUUCAUCGCCGAUCCGCCUACUUCGACGCUGCAGAGGUUGAAGGGCCUGACGACGGGGACGCUGCCGACUUUUGUGGAUGUGGGCAGCAGUUUCUCCGGGACGGCCAUCGAUGAGGACAACCUGCUCAUGCAGUUGCGGGAUGCCGGGAAGAGGAUUGUGCAUCUCGGGGAUGAUACGUGGGAGGCGCUGUUUCCGGGGUAUUUCCAGGCCAAUCUGAGCAGGGCGUACGACAGCUUCAAUGUCUGGGAUCUGCACACGGUGGAUAAUGGGGUCAUGGAGCAUAUUUUCCCGCUGAUGGAGAGGAAGAGCGAGUGGGACCUCCUGAUCGGACACUGCCUGGGUGUUGACCACGCCGGCCAUCGUUAUGGACCGAGUCACCCGGAGAUGACGAAGAAGCUGCGUCAGAUGGACAGCUUCGUCCGGGAUCUCGCGGCGACCAUGGACGAUAGGACCGUGCUCAUUGUGAUGGGAGAUCACGGCAUGGACAGCAAGGGUGACCACGGGGGUGAGAGCGACGACGAGGUCGAGGCCGCGCUGUGGAUGUAUUCUCCGAAGGGUAUCUUUGGCAGGACGAAACCCGAAUAUGCCACACCGCCUGCUACGGCAAAGGUCCGCCCCGUCAACCAGAUCGAUUUGGUGCCCACCCUGGCGCUGCUGAUGGGCAUCCCCAUCCCCUUCAACAACCUGGGACGGCCAAUCGAAGAGGCUUUUGCUGGAGCGGCCGGCAAGUCAUGGGCGAAUCUGGCUGCGGCCGAGAGAGUCACUGCAGCGGGUAUCAAGCGAUAUCAAAGUGCCUAUUUCACUGCGCGUGGGAUCGAGCAGGUUUCAGGGGCUGGCUCGCCUAGUGAGCUCUGGGAAACGGCCGAAGCGCUUGUGUCCAAGGGCAAGAAGCAGGACUGGCCGGCCAUCUUUUCGGCCUUCGCUGUGUACCAAGCGGAAACGCUACACAGAUGCAAGGCUCUGUGGGCGAGGUUUGACCUCAAGAACAUGGGUAUCGGCAUCGGCAUAAUGGCGCUUGGGGUCGUUGCCCUCCUCGUCUAUGUCUCUAAGGGGGACGAGGACGACGUCAUUGACGACGAGGAGCUGGACCUUGCGGAGAAGAGCCUGGAGCUCCAGGGAAUUACGCCAGACACUGCGUCCACCCCGGCUGACACCCUCGACAAGAGCCUAGUCUCGGCUGCACUUGUCGGUGCGCUACCCGGCUUCAUCGGCGGUGUUAUUUCCUCCUUCGUCUCGGGGGUUGGCGACUGGUACCGUGGCGCUGGCAUUGCAGCCCUGACGAGCAUCGCGGCGGUGAUAGUGCGGAUGUACGAGGCGCAGGACACCGUUUUGCGAGUCCUGCCCAAGACAUUGUGGGGAUGGAUGGCCGUUGUCUUCACGGUCAGCCAGUCUGUUGGCUUCGCAUCCAACUCGUACACCAUCUGGGAAGACUCGAUCCUCCUGUUCUUCAUCACAACAUUUGGCUUCGUCAGCGCCCUUUCUGCGCUGAGGCUGCCUUCCCGGGCCGACCGGUAUCUGGCCAUCUACCACUCGGUCGUCUUCAUCGUGCUCGGCCGCGUUGCUUCCUUCUCCAAGCUCUGCCGCGAAGAGCAGAUACCGUACUGCACCUCGACCUACUACGCCUCCGCAACAUCGUCGACCUCUGCCCCGUGGCAGCUGCUAAUCCCCUUCCUCGUCUCCGCCAUUCUUCCGUCCAUCCUCAAAGCCUACCUGCAGACCACGCGUUCGUACGAGGGUCUCGCCCCAGCCUGGAUCGGCUACGUUUUCCGCACGGGCCUGUUCAUGUCCGCGCUGUACUGGCUGCUCGACGCCGCCGACAACGGCAACUGGAUCCGCGGCCUCCCGGACAAGACGCUCAAAAACAUCAGCGUCUACACGGCGCAGAUGGUCCUGGGCCUCGCCUUCGUAGCCGGCACCACAGCCUUCGUGUGGGCGCCCCCCUGCGUCUCCAUCGUCACAUCGGCGUCGCCCACGCAGCCGUCCAGAGCCCAAGUCGCCAUCCUGGGCUACGCCAACGCCCACGGCGCGCGAUACCUCCUCCUCCCGCUCAAUCUGCUGGCCGCCUGCAUCCUGCUGUCCAAGCCCAUGGGCGGCGGCGUGCUGGGCCUCAUGGCCUGGCAGAUGCUCGCCCUCCUCGAGAUCCUCGACCUCAACCAGCUCACCACCUCGUCUCCCAUCGGCCCCGUCAUGCUCGCUGUCCUCGGCACCUUCCACUUCUUCAAGACGGGCCACCAGGCCGUGCUGAGCACCAUCCAGUGGGACGCCGCCUUCAUCCCGCUGUUCACGAUCCGCUAUCCGUACAGCCCCCUCGUCGUCGCCUUCAACACCUUUGCCGGGCAGAUCCUUGCCGCCUCGGCCGUGCCCCUGCUCGUGCUCUGGAAGGCCGGGCCCAAGAGAAAGGGCUUGCUCGAGAGCGUCAGCCGCGCGCUGGGUGCGUUUGUGGCUUACUUUGCGGUGGAGAGCCUGGCAACCAUGGCGUGGGCGGGGCAUUUGCGAAGGCAUCUGAUGCUGUACCGCGUGUUUGGCCCUCGCUUCAUGACGGCGGCCGUGGUGCUGCUGGUGGUCGAUGUCGUGGCGAUCGUGGUGUCCCUGGCCGGCGUGAGGUGUAAUACCAUGGCCAUUGGGGAGGUAUUCGGGUGGGCCGAGUGAGUUCUCUCUCUCGCACGUGUACAUACCUACCUUAGAGAUGGGAUUGCCUAGACUUGGUGUGGUUCCAUUGGGCGUUGUUGUCUAAGGUAUGUAUCUAUCCGCCUACUUGUUGUAUAUCUCUCCAUGUCAAGCGUACUGGACAGGGCGAACAUAGACGGGGACACUGCUAAAUUUGUAACAGCCCGCUGAAUGUACAUGUACAUACAAUACAUAAUGUCUAAACUUCAUGGG